GUGGGGGUGCGGGGAGGAGAGCGAGAGGAGCUAGAGGCACCGAGAGUUUGGCGGCGAGAUAAAGAAAUCCCCCGAGAGCGGCGGCCCGGCCUGCCGGAGACGCGCGUCCCACCCCGAUGUAACCCACCCUGCCCGAGCCCCGGCCGCCGCACGGCGGGCGGCGAAACUUCGCUGCGGGUUCUGGCGCUGGAGCACCGGCCUCGCGACGACUGCCCCGGCUGCGGGUAGGGGAGGAGAGCGGAGAGCGUCCCAGGGUGAUGUGAGCAGAGCCCAGGAAUGCCUUAUGUGGAUCGACAGAACCGAAUCUGUGGGUUUUUGGACAUCGAGGAGCAUGAGAACAGCGGCAAGUUUCUGCGGAGGUACUUUAUUCUGGACACCCAGGCCAAUUGCCUUCUCUGGUACAUGGACAACCCCCAGAACCUGGCCAUGGGGGCAGGAGCCGUUGGAUCUUUGCAGCUGACCUACAUCUCGAAGGUGAGCAUAGCUACACCGAAGCAGAAACCCAAAACUCCACUUUGCUUUGUCAUCAAUGCCCUCUCUCAGAGGUAUUUUCUUCAGGCUAAUGACCAGAAGGAUCUGAAGGACUGGGUGGAAGCCCUGAACCAAGCCAGCAAGAUCACCGUACCCAAAGUUGGGAGCCUGCCCCUGACUACAGAAGUUAUAAAAAGCCUACCAGCUCCUCCAGCCCUAGAGAAGAAGCCGCAGGUGGCCUACAAGACAGAGAUCAUCGGAGGGGUGGUGGUACACACACCCAUCAACCAGAACGGUGGGGAUGGGCAGGAGGGGAGCGAGCCCGGGUCCCACGCCAUCCUUCGGAGGUCUCAGAGUUACAUCCCCACGACAGGCAGCCGUGUUCCCUCUGGCCCCCCCCUCAUUAAGAGUGGCUACUGUGUGAAGCAAGGGAAUGUGCGGAAGAGCUGGAAACGUCGCUUCUUUGUACUCGAUGACUUUACUAUCUCCUACUUCAAGUGUGAGCAGGACCGAGAACCACUGCGCACUAUAUUUCUCAAGGACGUUCUCAAGACCCAUGAGUGUCUGGUCAAAUCUGGUGAUCUCUUAAUGAGGGACAACCUGUUUGAAAUCAUAACAAGCUCCAGGACCUUCUACAUACAGGCGGACAGUCCAGAAGACAUGCACAGCUGGAUUAAGGAGAUCGGGGCAGCUGUCCAGGCCCUCAAGUGCCACCCCAGAGAUAUGUCCUUUUCUAGAUCCGUUUCUUUGACUCGCUCUGGAAGCUCCGGCCUCUCGGGGGGGCCCAACUCUGUCCUGUGCAGGGGGCGGCCACUUGUGGAAGAGAAAAAAGCUCUUUGCAAAGCCCCCUCUGUGGCUUCCUCCUGGCAACCCUGGACCCCUGUCCCCCAGGCCGGGGACAAGCUGCUUCCAGCUGAAGAGACUCCUGGGGACUCUUUGUUCAUGCCUCGACUUGGGGAGAGCAGUACUUCUGGGGUGUUGUCUAGCUCCCGGAUAAGGCACAGGUCGGAGCCCCAGCACCCCAAGGAGAAACCAUUUCUGUUCAGCCUUGAUGACGAGAGCAUACGGACUUCUGAUGUGUGAUAGGGCACGGUGUCCUGGGAGGGGGGAGGACUCAAGAAAAGGAGGCCAUCACUCAGUUUCCCUACGUUUUGGAGGACAGUCAGAGAGCAUUUGGCACUCAUAUUCCUGUGGAGGCUCGGUGGAAGGGGCCCAUCCAGCUGGCCUGUUGGUUUUUUUGUUUUGUUUUGUUUUAAUAUUUUUUAAAAUAUUUUUUAAAAUAUUUCCAAGUGUAUUUAACUUGGAAACUAGGUUAGACCUGUGAGCACACUCAGUGGAGAGCAGGUUGCCUCUACUUUCCCUAAGAUCUUCCUGGUCAGAGGAGGUUGGGAGUACAAUUUCAUCCCCAACCAAGUUGUAUUUCCUCGUCCUAGUUAUAGUUUCUUCCUUUACUUCCCAGGCCAGGCACAGAAUCUUGGGCCAGUCCUCUGGUUUAUCUAAUUCCUGUUUAUUGGCUGAGGUCUGACUGUGAAGUAGGAAGGUUGUAACUAACCCAGUUGGUUUGCCGGGGAUACAUUCUGAGGGGUGGUGUUAAAAUCUGGGGGGCGGCAGGUAGCUCUCAGAAUGUCUACGAGGGUAGAGCCUCCCAGGGGACCGCCAGAGGGGAAGAAAUAGGGAUCUCGUGUGAAGGUAUGGGCAAAGAUUCCACCUCCGUGGGUCGGCCAGUUCUGGGAAUUAUUCUGUUCUUGUCUAUGACCCCAAAUAAUGUCAAAGUGAGUGACAGACCUGCCCCCCAGUUUCUGUGUCAGGCCUUGGGGAUGGGUUUAUCGGUGUUAAAAGUCACAACUAUUGAGAAUAGAGCAGACAUUUCCAUCGCUAGGGCAUUAUUUGGAAGUUCGGAGGGUUGAUAAGUGUAGGAUAAUUCCCUUGUGUGAGAGGUCAGAUCUCUAUCUUAGAGUGUUAGAAUUGCUUUCGAGUAGGUCCUGGGAAAAGACGGACAUCCAGAUAAACUUUUCUGAUCCGUGUUUUCCAGACAGAAGAAAAGGUCUGUUUCAGGACAGAUUUCUUGAAUCCUUAACCUCAUAGCUUUCUUCAGUGGGCUGAUGUUAGUCUAAUUUUAAGUGCUGUAUAUUAUAAACCCUGGCGGAUUUGCUUUCUUUCUACUCUUUCUGUUGCCCUUUGAAUGCAACUUUGCGGACUUGCAUGAUCAAACCUUGUAACCCUAAAUAAGGUUCCAUGUACUUAACAAUGAAGAGAUACAAAGAUAAUCUUGAGAGGUAUUUAUAUUUUUAGUAAAACAGAAACUCUGCAUAGUAACAUUGAUUUAGAGGCUCUGCAUUGCUGACUAGAGAUUUCCCAGGUAGAAGAGCAUAGAUGGCACUUCCCACCCAGAUUUUUGGGUGUACCUUCUUUCAUUUGACAAGAAGAUACUAUUUCCAGGGUCCCUGGGAGAAUUGUCCAACUUACGUGCUGAACUGUUAACUUAUCAGGGUUCUCUAAAGGGAGAGAAAAACUAACUCAUUUCUGUCUAUGUCUUUUAUCAGCUAGAUCAGUUAAUUAGCUUUAAAUUAAAAAUUAAUGACUAGAGGAAGAUACCAAGAGAUGCAUUUUUACCUAAGUCAAUCCCUUCUCCUUCCUUAUGUCUAGAUCUAAUACAGAGGUAAAAACGUGUCAUCAGAAAUCUUUAGGGGUGUGAGAGAAAUCUUUGUUCCUUCCAGGCAGUGUAAUUUCUUUGAAGUCUAUGUCAUGUUGAGAACUUUUCUUGACUGCACUGCAUUGAAGCUGUUUUUUUCACUUAAAUUCUUUGGCCUAGUGGUUCUGGUAGAAAAGACAUGUAGUACUGGAUUUCUCUCUCUCUCUCUGUCCUCUUUUUUGCAGACUCUUGUAGACUUUUGUCAUCAGAAAUUUGUGGCUUGAGAGUUAGUUAUUUAUGGAUGACCAAGGUUACAGCUUUAAGUAGCCUGAUAAGUAGGCAUUUCAGAUUCUUAAAGCUCUUUGUCUUUCACUUUGUCUUCAGAUUUUCCUCAAGAAAAUUCUUUGGCUAGAUAGAUCAAAGAAAGUACAAAAUAAGUGAUAUUGCACUAACAAAAAUAAGUUAGGAGAUCCCUUAAAACAUUCCCUAACUCAUGUAAGCUGUCAUCUUUUGGUGUUUAAGCUGUGAAAAUGUACCCAUUUCUCUUUUGUUAAAUAAACUCUCUGCUAGAAUACUACUGCUCAAUUAA